GACUGGCUUGCUGUGAAUUUGAUUAGAUCCACAAUCUGACGCAACACUGAACAGCUUGCGACCCCGUGCGAAUUAGAUUACCGACACGAUGAAGUUCAAUACUGUCGCCCUCACCCUGGCUACCGCCGGUACCCUGGUGUCCGCUCAGCACCACCACCAGCACCGCCAUCACCACAAGCGCUCCCCCGACGCCGAGGUCGUCACGGUGCCCGGUCCUACCGUCACCACCUUCGUUCUCGACGGCAAGGUCAUUACCUAUGAGGAGGCCUGCGCUGGUAUCCGCAAGGGAACUUUGAAGUUCUCUGGCAACGUGCCUGCGGAUGUUUGCCAGUCCUCUUCUUCUACUGUGGCUUCGAGCACCACCAGCCCGACUCCCACGGCUUCCGUCCAGGCUGCUGCUGAGUUCAUCGAGGUCGCCGUCCAGCACUCGUCGAGCUCCAGCUCCAGCUCCAGCAGCACCAAGACCAGCAGCUCGUACGCCGCGGCCUCCUCCAGCUCCUCCGCCAGCAGCUCUAGCAGCAGCUCCUCCUCUGCCACCGGUGUGGACAAGGAAUUCCCUGAUGGCGAGCUUGACUGCGACACCUUCCCCUCUGAAUACGGUGCCGUUGCCCUCGACUACCUUGGCCUUGGCGGUUGGUCUGGUAUCCAGUACGUGACCAUCGUCGACGAGAUUGUCGACACCAUCGUUACCGGUGUCACCGGCGAUUCCUGCAUUUCCGGAGCCAUGUGCUCCUAUGCCUGCCCUGCCGGAUACCAGAAGUCCCAGUGGCCCAGUGCCCAGGGUUCUACCGGCCAGUCCGUUGGUGGUAUUGAGUGCAAGAACGGCAAGCUCCACCUUACCAACAAGUCUCUGUCCAAGAAGCUUUGCAUUGAGGGUGUCGGAGGUGUCCACGUGAAGAACACCAUGAGCGAGGAGGUCGCUGUUUGCCGUACCGACUACCCUGGUACCGAAUCCGAGACCAUCCCUCUCACUGUCUCUGCCAACAGCGAGCUCCACCCCCUGACUUGCCCCAACGGCGCCACCUACUACAAGUGGGAGAACCAGACCACUUCCGCUCAGUACUACGUUAACCCCAAGGGUGUUUCCACCGAGACUGGUUGCCAGUGGGGUAACGGCAGCUCUCCUAUCGGCAACUGGGCUCCUAUCAACCUUGGUGUCGGUUACAACGAUGGCAAGUGGCUUUCUCUGUUCCAGAACAGCCCUACCACCACCACCAAGCUUGACUUCAACGUGAAGAUCCAGGGUGACAACCUCAGCGGCUCUUGCAAGUAUGAGGAUGGUACCUUCUACUCCGAGUCUGGCUCCAACGACUCCGGUUGCACUGUUGAGGUUCUCUCCGGCUCCGCCACCUAUGUCUUCUACUAAGCUAGUCGAGGGCCCGACACCCACCCGCCGUGGCCGUACGAUUCGGUUCGCAUCCGCUGAUUUGAAUCGAACCCCGUCGGCUCGCAAAU